CUCUGGGUCUCUGUCCCCCGCCCUGGGCCUCUGUCCCCCUCUCUCAGGGACCCUGUUCUGCUGGGUCCCUGUAUUUUUCUCGGGGUACCCCCUCAACACCCCUCUUCCUGUCUGCACCUGCUUGACUUUCUGCAGUCUCUGCUUUCCAACCUGCCUUCCAGCCUCCACUGGUAGGUGGGGAGUGGAAGGGAACACCCUGGUUUGGGAAGAGUGACAAUAUGUUGAUUUGUGGGGGUGGGGGUGGGGCCUGGGGCGGGGCUUCUUGGCCUCAGAUUAGACAGUGACUUUGAGACGAAGUUGAAGCACCUUAAGCCCUGUGUCUCCUUUAUAUGGAAACAUUAAGCUGCUCUCGCAGGUCAGGUGGAGGAUCCCUUUCCCUCCUGCCCUGAUUUUGCCGGGGAGGGGGUGCCCUGAGCCCGAGUAGCAGCCAGCUUGGGAGCUGGACCAUGUUGGCCGCAGACAGCCCCCUGGUGAAGGUUCCCAUCGGCUUUGGGAGGUAGACACAGGUCUGCUUCACAGGGCUGAGGUGGGACCGGAGGAUUUCAGGGGCAGAGUUCUGGAAAGGAAAGAAAGGCUGAGGACCCAACCAGCAUUCCCCCUGGCACUGGGGGUGGGGCCCUGGCCAGCUCAUGGCGUUCCCAGAGCCUGUUUCCUGACUGUGAAAGGGGGUGAUGAUCUUCACCUCCCGGCAUCCCGAGCAGUCAAGCAGGUUGGGGGCGCCCGCCCCCCAGUAGGCCAAGUGGAGGGGGUCCCUCCGCCCAAUGGGCCUGGCCAGGGCCCUACGCCGCCUCAGCGGCGUCCUGGAUUCAGGAGACAGCCGGGCUGGCGAUGAAGAGGAGGCCGCACCGGGUCUGUGCCGCAACGGGUGGGCACCGGCGCCGGUGCAGUCACCGGUGGGCCGGAGCCGCGGUCGCUUCGUCAAGAAGGACGGACACUGCAACGUGCGCUUCGUGAACCUGGGCGGCCAGGGCGCGCGCUACCUGAGCGACCUGUUCACCACGUGCGUGGACGUGCGCUGGCGCUGGAUGUGCCUGCUCUUCUCCUGCUCCUUCCUUGCCUCCUGGCUGCUCUUUGGCCUGGCCUUCUGGCUCAUCGCCUCGCUGCACGGCGACCUGGCCGCCCCGCCACCGCCCGCGCCCUGCUUCUCGCACGUGGCCAGCUUCCUGGCCGCCUUCCUCUUCGCGCUGGAGACGCAGACGUCCAUCGGCUACGGCGUGCGCAGCGUCACCGAGGAGUGCCCGGCCGCCGUGGCCGCCGUGGUGCUGCAGUGCAUCGCCGGCUGCGUGCUCGACGCCUUCGUCGUGGGCGCCGUCAUGGCCAAGAUGGCCAAACCCAAGAAGCGCAACGAGACGCUGGUCUUCAGCGAGAACGCCGUCGUGGCGCUGCGCGACCACCGCCUCUGCCUCAUGUGGCGCGUCGGCAACCUGCGCCGCAGCCACCUGGUGGAGGCCCACGUGCGGGCCCAGCUGCUGCAGCCUCGUGUGACCCCAGAGGGGGAGUACAUCCCGCUGGACCACCAGGAUGUGGACGUGGGCUUUGAUGGAGGCACCGAUCGUAUCUUCCUCGUGUCCCCCAUCACCAUCGUCCAUGAGAUCGACUCGGCCAGUCCUCUGUAUGAGCUAGGACGUGCUGAGCUGGCCAGGGCUGACUUCGAGCUGGUGGUCAUUCUCGAGGGGAUGGUUGAGGCCACAGCCAUGACCACACAGUGUCGCUCAUCCUACCUCCCUGGUGAACUGCUCUGGGGCCAUCGUUUUGAGCCAGUUCUCUUCCAGCGUGGCUCCCAGUAUGAGGUCGAUUAUCGCCACUUCCAUCGCACUUACGAGGUCCCAGGGACGCCGGUCUGCAGUGCUAAGGAGCUGGAUGAACGGGCAGAGCAGGCUUCCCACAGCCUCAAGUCUAGCUUCCCUGGCUCUCUGACUGCAUUUUGUUAUGAAAAUGAACUUGCUCUGAGCUGCUGCCAGGAGGAAGAUGAGGACGAUGAGGCUGAGGAAGGGAACGGGGAGGAGACAGAAGAUGGGGCUUCCAGCCCCCGAGUUCUCACACCAACCCUGGCGCUGACCCUGCCUCCAUGAUGCAAACUGGUGUCCCCCUCCCCAUGUGUGCCCCCUUCCCCGAGGUAGCAAGAUGGAGAGAUAGGGUUCUCUCCUGGGAUGGGGGCACGUGUUCUUGAAAACCAACAGGUCUGCUGGGUACCUGACUAGGUGGUAAGGUUCUGCUAUGCCUGGUGACCCACCAUGGACAUCCUGGACCUUAAUUCCUCUGCUUCUGUGCUCCCUCCUGAGAUCCCUUUAUGAACCCAAUUCCUGAGUCUCACCGGAAUUCUGGAUCACCCAAGAGGAAAAGACUGGUGGUUCUAGAUUCUUCUGUAUGGGUGGAACUGGAUUGCUACCAGGGUGAGAAACCAGUGGUAUAGACCACCUCUGGGGGAGCAAGUUGAUAGUUCUUGGACAGCAUCACAGAUCAAGGGUUUGUAGGUCUGGAUUCACCUAAGAUUCAAGGGAGUGUUGCUUCUCAACUCAGCCAACCGAGCAGCAAAACCAUCUGGGAGGGAAGGUUAUGGAAUGCCCUAGGCAUUCAAGAUCAUCUUGGUUGACCAAA